AUGGCUGCCAGGAACUACACCCCAGUGACCGAGUUCUUCCUUGUUGCGUUCGCUGAGCAUCCCGAGUGGGGGCUUCCUCUCUUCCUGCUGUUUCUGAGUUUCUAUCUUGCCACUCUGCUGGGGAACGCGGGGAUGAUCGUCCUGAUCCGCAAAGACCGCCGGCUCCACACCCCGAUGUACUUCUUCCUCAGCCACCUCUCCCUGGUGGACAUCUGCUACUCCUCUGCCAUCGUGCCCCAGCUGCUGGCCGUGCUGUGGGCGCGCGGCGCGCUCAUCUCCCGAGGGCGUUGCGCGGCGCAGUUCUUCCUCUUCACCUUCUUUGCUUCCCUGGACUGCUACCUCCUGGCGAUCAUGGCCUAUGACCGCUACGUGGCCGUGUGCCGGCCCCUGCUCUACGCCGCCGUCAUGACCGAGAAGGCCCGCUCCGGCUUGGCGGCGGGGGCCUACGUCGCCGGCUUCUCCAGUGCCUUCGUGCGCACGGUCACCGCCUUCACGCUCUCCUUUUGCGGGAACAACGAGAUCGACUUCAUCUUCUGCGACCUCCCUCCUCUGCUGAAGCUCACUUGCGGGGACAGCUUCACCCAGGAGGUGGUGAUCAUCGCGUUUGCCGUUUUCGUCAUGCCUGCUUGUACCUUGGUGAUCUUGGUGUCCUACCUGUUCAUCGUUGCGGCCGUCGUGCAGAUCCGCUCCGCUGGAGGCCGGGCCAAGACCUUCUCCACCUGCGCCUCCCACCUCACCGCCGUCGCUCUCUUCUUCGGCACCCUCAUCUUCAUGUACCUGCGCGAUAACUCGGGCCAGUCCUCGGAGGGGGACCGAGUGGUGUCUGUGCUCUACACGGUGGUGACCCCAAUGCUGAAUCCCCUCAUCUACAGCCUGAGGAAUAAGGAGGUGAAGCAGGCUGUCAUGAAAUCCCUGAGCAGACCCAGGGCUUCUGGGAGGCCUUAG